GCAGCCGUCGGGUCGCGAAGGCUUUCGCUUUGCCGCCGCGUCUGGGCGGCUGGCUCUUGGGACUUCAGGCUCUGCCGCGCCGAGGGGCGCUCCUAGUGCAGCCUUCCCGGCUUGAGGCUUCUCCGCCGAGGCGCCCGUACCCCCCGGGCUCCUUGCCUCGGCCCCCCGCGGCCCCGAUGCCGAGGUAUGGAUAGAGCGGCUUUGCGCGCGGCGGCGAUGGGUGAGAAGAAGGAGGGCGGCGGCGGGGGCGCCGCGGCGGCCGCGGACGGGGGUGCAGGGGCCGCGGCCAGCCGGGCGCUGCAGCAGUGCGGCCAGCUGCAGAAGCUCAUCGAUAUCUCCAUCGGCAGUCUGCGCGGGCUGCGCACCAAGUGUUCCGUGUCCAACGACCUCACGCAGCAGGAGAUCCGGACCCUGGAGGCGAAGCUGGUGCGGUACAUCUGCAAGCAGCGGCAGUGCAAGCUGAGUGUGACCCCCAGCGACAGGACUGCCGAGCUCAACAGCUACCCGCGCUUCACUGACUGGCUGUAUAUCUUCAACGUGAGGCCCGAGGUGGUGCAGGAGAUUCCCCAAGAGCUAACACUGGAUGCCUUGCUGGAGAUGGACGAGUCUAAGGCGAAGGAGAUGCUCCGGCGCUGGGGGGCCAGCCCUGAGGAGUGUAGCCGGCUACAGCAAGCCCUCACCUGCCUUCGGAAGGUGACCGGCCUGGGAGGGGAGCACAAAGAGGACUCUGGUUGGAGUUCGGCAGAUGCACAGCGGGAAAGCAGUUCAGGGCCUUCGGUGGACAUGCUCUCCCCGCUGGGCAGAGUGGGUGCCAGCACUCAGGGCCCGCGUUCCAUCUCCGUGUCAGCCCUGCCUGCCUCGGACUCUCCAGUUCCUGGCCUCAGUGAGGGCCUCUCGGACACCUGUAUUCCCUUGCACAACAGUGGCCGGCUGACCCCCCGGGCCCUGCACAGCUUCAUCACACCCCCUACCACACCCCAGCUACGACGGCACACCAAGCUGAAGCCGCCGAGGACACCCCCACCGCCGAGCCGCAAGGUCUUCCAGCUGCUACCCAACUUCCCCACACUCACGCGGAGCAAGUCGCAUGAAUCCCAGCUUGGAAACCGAAUCGAUGAAGUCUCCCCAAUGAGGUUUGAUCUCCCUCAUGGAUCCCCACAGCUGGUACGCAGGGAUAUCGGGCUCUCAGUGACACACAGGUUCUCCACAAAGUCGUGGUUGUCGCAGGUCUGCAACGUGUGCCAGAAGAGCAUGAUGUUCGGAGUGAAGUGCAAACACUGCAGGUUGAAAUGUCACAACAGGUGCACGAAGGAAGCCCCUGCCUGCAGAAUAUCCUUCCUCCCACUAGCCAGGCUCCGGAGGACAGAGUCUGUCCCCUCGGACAUCAACAACCCGGUGGACAGAGCGUCAGAGCCCCAUUUUGGAACCCUGCCCAAGGCCCUGACAAAGAAGGAACAUCCUCCAGCCAUGAACCUGGACUCCAGCAGCAACCCAUCCUCCACCACGUCCUCCACACCCUCAUCACCGGCGCCCUUUCUGACCUCAUCUAACCCCUCCAGUGCCACCACGCCCCCCAACCCCUCACCUGGCCAGCGGGACAGCAGGUUCAGCUUCCCAGCUGCCUGCUUCAUCCAUCACAGACAGCAGUUUAUCUUCCCAGACAUUUCAGCUCAGGCAGCCCUGCCCUCCAGCACAGCUGAAAGCACACGGCCCGAUGACCAGCCCAAAGCAGAUGUGCUGGGUGUUCAUGAAGCAGAGGCUGAGGAACCUGAGGCUGGCAAAUCCGAGGCAGAAGAUGAUGAGGACGAGGUGGACGACCUCCCCAGCUCCCGCCGGCCCUGGCGGGGCCCCAUCUCUCGAAAAGCCAGCCAGACCAGCGUGUACCUGCAGGAGUGGGACAUCCCCUUUGAACAGGUGGAGCUAGGCGAGCCCAUUGGGCAGGGCCGCUGGGGCCGGGUGCACCGAGGCCGUUGGCAUGGCGAGGUGGCCAUUCGGCUGCUGGAGAUGGAUGGCCACAAUCAGGACCACCUGAAGCUGUUCAAGAAAGAGGUGAUGAACUACAGGCAGACCAGGCAUGAGAACGUGGUUCUCUUUAUGGGGGCCUGCAUGAACCCACCCCACCUGGCCAUUAUCACCAGUUUCUGCAAGGGGCGGACGUUGCACUCAUUCGUGAGGGACCCCAAGAUAUCUCUGGACAUCAACAAGACGAGGCAGAUCGCCCAGGAGAUCAUCAAGGGCAUGGGGUAUCUUCAUGCCAAGGGCAUCGUGCACAAAGACCUCAAGUCCAAGAAUGUCUUUUACGAUAACGGCAAAGUGGUCAUCACAGACUUCGGGCUGUUUGGGAUCUCGGGCGUGGUCCGGGAGGAGCGGCGUGAGAACCAACUGAAGCUGUCCCAUGAUUGGCUGUGCUACCUGGCACCUGAGAUUGUACGAGAAAUGAUACCCGGGAGGGAUGAGGACCAGCUGCCCUUCUCCAAAGCCGCUGAUGUCUAUGCGUUCGGGACCGUGUGGUAUGAACUACAGGCAAGAGAGUGGCCCUUUAAACACCAGCCUGCAGAAGCCUUGAUAUGGCAGAUCGGAAGUGGGGAAGGAGUGAGGCGCGUCCUGGCCUCCGUCAGCCUGGGGAAGGAAGUCGGCGAGAUCCUGUCUGCGUGCUGGGCUUUCGACCUGCAGGAAAGACCCAGCUUCAGCCUGCUGAUGGACAUGCUGGAGAAGCUGCCCAAGCUGAACCGGCGCCUCUCUCAUCCCGGGCACUUUUGGAAGUCGGCUGACCGCUGGCGGAGCCGCUACUACGGGAAAGGACGCUAUGGUCACCCUGACUUUAAGAGCUCCUGUCCAGUUCUGGAGGAAUACAUUAACAGCAGCAAAGUCAUGCCCCGCUUUGAAAGGUUUGGCCUGGGCGCCCUGGAGUCCAGUAAUCCAAAGAUGUAGCCGGCCGUGCACGUUCGUGCAGAGGGUGUCUUCCUUUCUGAAACAUGAUAACGAAACACACAAACCGCCACCAGGAGGACUCAGAAAAGCUUUGCAUGACUCCUCCGUGAAGAAUGUACAUUACAGGGGGUGUGGGGCUCAGGAUCGGAGCCACACGCCUCUCCAGACGACACCACUACAGCCAGUGUUUACACAGAGAUUUCUGCCCCGCAAGCUUGGUGUUUUACAGUAGUUAAUAAUAAUUCCACAGAAGGGUGCUGCCACCUCAGAGCAAGAGAAAUGCCCCCACAUUUCCUAUUCUACGAUUCUGCAGCAGCGAGGGACCCAGGGUUGAGCAAGAAGGAAGAAAAGUAGCAUGAAUGUUACUGUUCUAGGAAAAGAGGACAUGACAGAAGGCUUGCCCCUGGUCCCUCUGUUUGUCCUAUAAGGAACACCAACCGUUCCUUAACUUGCAGAGGAAACCCUGGCCAGGAACCCAUCUGGACUAUGGGGUCAGGAGUUCCUGAAGAGUUUGGAUUUCGUUUCUGCUCUGCUCCGGGCUUGUUGUAUUAAAAAGUACAGACAGAAUCCAGGUGGCUUCUAGACAGAUCUGAUGGAUCUUGGCUCAGCUUGUACUGCAGUGGGAGGAAACAGCCACACGUCUGUGGAGACAUUUGCUGCUUCUCUGAGGCCUCCAGGCAGGCACGAAGGCUGUGGAACCCAGCCUUCAUCAUUACACCCCCCCCCAGUGCCUCAGUUCACCCCCAGAGCCAAGAGCUAGCCCAUCAGCCACGUGUCCAGUGAGUCCUUGGUUGAAGAAGACAGUGAAGGUGGCAAAUACAGGCUACGGUGACCCUAGCACUUUAAAACCCAUGUCUGUCAUGCCAGAAGGUUCCAGACCUACCACCACUUCCACUUCCCCAGUCUCAUCAAAGCCUUUUAGCCCAUUCUGACCCCUGUGUGUGCCCUGAGCUCAGAUUGGGGCCUGAGGCUGUCCAGACAGUUGAGUGAGACAUGCCUAGUAAGUCCCUAUCCGUGAGCCUCAGACUUCUGCUUGUGUUCACUCCAGCAGGCAGGAGGGAUUGGGGUGAGUCAGACGUGUUGCAGUCCUUGAGCAGAGGUUGGGCAGCAUCCGACUCCACAACCAGAAGGGGGAAGAAAUGGGAGUGGAGAAGUGGGUAGAUUUUGGCCCACGGGCUUACAGUCCCACUGUGGAGUGGCCAUGUGGCUCCCUCUUAAACACCGACUAAGGCUCAGUUGUCAGAGCCUGCCCUAGCACCAGAGUCCAGUGCAGGUGUCUGAGAAGUUGUGGGAUCCUCCCCACAUCCACCCCAGCACAGCUGUUUAUGCUACAGGAGAGCUGGGACAGUGGCAUCUUGACCCUGCCCCAGUGUGAGAAGGAGGAAGAGCUGCGAGCCUCUGUUCAGUUCUGCAUGGGUCAUCUGUCCUCUGAAAUGGGACCGUCAUGUCACUUCCGCGUCCCUUUGGCUUUCCCACCCUAGCCCCUGGUGUGACCUCUCUACUCCAAAACCACAGAGUCUGUAACUACUGCCUCUAUGGCAGUCUCAUGGCUGUCCCUUCCCAGACGCCGCAAUGACUCAGCCUCUGGCCAUUCUCCCCCUUUGUGAGUGGUGUGGCAUUGGCCUCCCCUCACAGCUGAGUCAACCCUUUCAGUCAUCCCUCAACACCAGACCACAGAGGGCAUCACACACAGCCCACGGGGUCUCACCCUGUAUUGUAGACAUCUCAGGGCCAGAAGCUCUGAGCCCUGCAGUGAAUGUGAUCUUGUGCGCGUACUAGAGACCAGUAAGAAUAGCCAUGGUCCCUGCUUUAAGGAGAUGACCAUCUGCUGGGAGUCAGUAUGCAGGAGACCUGACAUCUUCGUGGAACCCUGGGGCCACUGGUGAAGCUAUAGUGCUGGACCUUCCUCACUUCCUCUCCAAGGCCUGCUGCUGCACUGCCCUUCGUUUAAGAGAGUCCCCAUCAUGGUCCCUGUUUCCUUUUCUACUUCAGUAAAUGUGAAUUGAGGUUAGGAAAGUUUGCCUCCUCUGUGCUCUCCCUGUCUCCUGGGAAACACAUGAAGGAUGACAGAUACUGUGAAUUCAGCCCCAAUAGCCACUGUGAAGGCAAUGGGAAAAAAAGGCAUGAAGCCAGGCAGUGGUGGCACACGCCUUUAAUCCCAGUACCCGGGAGGCAGAGGCAGGUGAAUCUCUGUGAGAUUGAGGCCAGCUUGGUCUAGAGAGCUAGUUCCAGGACAGGCUCCAAAGCUACAGAGAAACCCUGUCACGAAAAACCAAAAAAAAAAAAAAAAAAAAAAAAAAAGGAAAGAAAGAAAGAAAAAAGGCGUGAGCUGCAGAGGGCCUACCCACCUAAGGUCUGAGCCCAGCAAAAGCUUUGGCACCUUUCCAGGCAUCCCGAGUUCCCAGCCUCACCUCCAAGGAGGCCUUAACCCAUCGGAGUGGCCGUGAAGUCAUGAAUCCUAGCUGUGCUGGUCUGGCCGCUCCUGUGCACCAAAUCAAAGUCCUCGACCAUUGUCUUAUGGUCGAGGCAGGGAGCAGCAAGCCUGUGUAGCUCUGUAGUGACAGAGUGGGGGUGGAUUAGCCAUGCUAUCCUGCGGCGCUAGCCAGGACGUCAUCUGUGUGCUCCCAGUGUCUUCUGUGGCCACAAGGCACAUGUUCAUUUGCUUAUUUUGAAUGUGAUGUAAAAUUUGUACAGUAAAAGUUUUUAUAUUUUCUAUCAAUUACAUUUGUCUUCCAGAAAUGCUUUAAUUUAAAUUAAAACGGUGAGUCUAGAUGAACGUGUUAUAUCGGGGUUUUUGCCACUGCUAAGAAUGCACCCUCUGGCUGAGCCAGGCCUAGGGUCUGGCAUUUGUGAAUAAAGUUUUACCAAGGUC